CGCUUGUAGAUUGUGCAAUGUAGUCGAAAUCUGGAGUUUUAACUUCCAACAGAAGUGGCAUUCACAAUAGUCCAUGCACAUAUUUAACACAAGAAAGAACCUUACACAAAUCGGUCUUCUUCUAUAUAGCCUAUAUCUACUGUGGAGACAUACGUCGUCAUAUUUUAAACGAAGAAAACUAGAAUGAACUUAACGCCGCAGCUCUUGGAUCUCUUGCUGGAAGCCUCAAACUUCUCCAGGAGGCAGUUCAUCCAGGAAUAUGGUCCACCGCCCCUGGUAUACAUCCCACGGCUGCCCUCUGCACUGCAACCCAUCUUUGGCCUCGUCUAUGUGCUGAUCUUCAUCCUGGCUCUGGUUGGCAACACAACCGUGCUCAUUCUGCUGUGUCGGAGGAAAGCCCUGCAGUCACCCAGCACCUUCUUUAUCUGCUCAUUGGCGUUGAGUGAUCUUCUGAUCUCCAUCUUCUGCAUGCCUGCCACAUUGCUCCAGCAUUUCUUCACAAACUGGUUGGCAGGCGAUUUCCUGUGCAAGUUAAUACCAUUUCUGCAGGUGACUGCCAUAGCAACCAGCAUUCUCACAAUGACUUGCAUCGCCGUGGAACGAUUUAAAGGAAUUCUGUACCCACUGAAGCUACAGAGUGGCUAUUCCCCAUGUCAUGCCAUGAAGAUGCUUGGUCACAUGGUCUUCAUCAUUCCAUCCGGUUCAGCUGAACAGCUAUUUCCAUUUCUUCCAGUCGCCGUGUGGUUGAUUGCUCUGGCAGUUGCAGGCCCAAUGUGGUAUGCACACAAAGUGGAGGUGAAAUAUGACUUCCUGUAUGACGUGCAUUACACGUGCUGCCAAGAAGUGUGGCCCCACCCGAAGCAGAGGCAGACCUAUACCACUGUCCUCUCAGUCCUCGUCUUUCUGGUCCCCAUGCUGAUCAUGGCUGUGCUGUACGGGAGGAUAAUGGCAGAACUGUGGGGUAAACACAGAGUCCACGAUGUCAUGUUUCAGGCUCUCCCGGGGUCAGAGAUCAAGAAGAUCACCAGAAAGAGAAGACAUGCUGUGAAGAUGAUGGCCACUGUGGUUCUCCUGUUUGCCGUCUGCUGGGCUCCUUUUCAGUUAGUCUCCCUUCUCUCUGACUACGGAAUGCUGAACUUGAACUCAGAUCAUGAGUUCAUGGUGUUCAGCACGGUCCAGAUUUUGGGAUUCAGCAACUCUGUGUGCAACCCGCUGGUGUACGCAGCCCUCAACAACAACUUCAAGAAGGACCUGGUGGGCUUGCUGAGGCGGGGCAGGGGGAAGGGCUGGUGCCCGCCCCGGCAGCUGAGGCGGAAGGUUCGGGUGGGUGUCUCGGCCAAUGAGCCGCCCUGUCUCAGGAAGUGUGCGGAGCGGGACACCAACAGGGGGGCGCGCCAGUGGAGCAGGGUGGCCUGGGAGGCGGAGCCCACCACUUCACGCACCUUCCCUCAAAGUCACCUCUUCAGGGUGGCCACCAAAAAGACCAGCAGCCCACUGCUGCUCAGUGUCACUGACCCCCUCCCCGUUAGCACCUCCCGCUCAUAAGCACCAACACACUCCUACCCCUGCUAGGUGCCGACUGUGGCUGGUAGCUGCAUAGGGUGAUGUGCGGUUGCCAUCUCCCAGGGUACAGUAGGGAUGCGUUUUAUCGCUCUCUGGCAACCCCCGCAGGCCGAUCAGGCGCCCGCGGACUGCAUGCCAAAGCCGCGUAUGAAAUGUGCGCCUCCGAGCUUGGAAGCAGUCUGUGGUGUGAAAAGCAGGAGGCUGGUGACACGCCAUCGUUUUCCGGAGGAGAACCGCGAUGUCUUCAUGCUGCUGAAUUGGCAGCGGAGAUUGCACCUGAACAUGGCUACAAAAAUCAGUUGUGUGUUACAAGUUAGGGUGGGAAUUGGACAUGUUCAGCCCAAUCUUGAGGGCCAAAUUUUAAUAAUAAUCAUUUUUUUUUAAAACACUAUAAUUAUGUGUAUGUGUUUGGGUGUUUAAAUAUUUUUUUUAAUUGAUCAAUGGGCAUUAUUCUUGAGGGGAAAAAAAUUGGUGCUUUGCUGACAAGCAUUUAUAUAAUGGAAGUCAAAUCAGAAGUUAACAAGAUUAUCGUGAUAGAGUUGCAUCUCUUUAGAGUUUAGGGAGUUUUCAUUGCUCUUUGGAAUUGGCAAGAAGGCACGUUGUAUUUCAAGCACUGUGUAUACGCAUUUUAUCAGAUAUGUGGUAAAUGUAAAUGCAAGCAAGUAAACCAAUGUAGUGUCUGUUUUGGUUUGUGGUAAACCUACCAUGUGUUGUAGAAUAAGCUCAUUUAAAUGGUUUGCAUUACUGUGCUAAAAUGCACUGGGGAUUCAAUUUUUAGUUGCUGAAAGAAAUGUAUUUUGGUGUUUAUUUUGAAAACUUUGUUUGUCAUUACUAUUCAGGAACAAGAACCCUCAUUGAAAAAGUCUUUGAGAGAAUAUAGAAUAUAGAGGCUUCAGCUCCUGUUGGAUUAACAGGCCUGGUUGGUAGCACCACAUGUUCAGUGUACAAUGUGAAUCACGGCAUCUACUAAUGACUAGGGAAAGUAUGCAAGUAUUAUAUUCUUUGUGUUAUAACAACCAUUUCAGUGAAAGCUCUUGAAGCUUUCCAUAUAAAUUAAUAAUUAAUUUAAAUUAAUAACUGCAGUGCAACAAUGGAACCAUAGCCAUGUAAAAUGUUAUUUGUAAUCUCAAAGUAGAAAGUCCCUGAAAUCCCUUUGCAUCUAUUGCCUGAUUGGUUUUCCCAAAGCAUACAUGGAUGUACUUACUUAUAAUGGCCUUGUUAAAUUUUACAUAAUCAGACAUUCAGUACAGGCUAAUUCCCUACUUUCUUUUAUACUUUAGUGUACAGGAAGAAUGAUCAAGCAGAAAUAACUGUGUAAAUACUAACACCUUUAUUUUCAAACAGAACAUGUUACAUGGAUAUUCCCUUAUCUACUCAGAAACAAUAAAUACUAUAAUUUAAUACAAUUUACAUAAAUAUUUGUAUGAAAAAGUAAAAAAACAAGUGAAUAUCCAUUUCAAUAAUUAAUCAAUUAAUUGAAAAGUAGUACAAAAAUAAGGACAAAUUCCAUAGGAAAAAAACCUCACACAUAUGGCAAACUAUCAACAUAAAUUGUGUAGUGAGGUGCAAAUACAUU